AUGUCUCGUUCUGCGCGAAUAACCCUCUUGCUCGUCAUAGACAUUGUCUUCUUCCUUAUCGAACUCGUCGCUGGCUAUGCGGUCGGGUCACUUGCUCUCGUCGCUGACAGCUUUCAUAUGCUCAACGAUGUCAUGAGUUUAGCAGUUGCGCUAUACGCAAUCAAGCUCACCAACCAGAAUUCCAUGGAUUCGCGCUACUCCUAUGGGUGGCAUCGGGCAGAGAUACUUGCCGCCCUCAUCAAUGGCGUUUUCCUACUUGCACUAUGUUUCUCCAUCGCAAUGGAGGCUUUGGAGCGCUUCGUCUCCACUCCAGAAAUCUCAAACCCGCGGCUUGUUGUCAUAGUCGGGUCGUUUGGUUUAGCUUCAAAUCUCGUGGGGCUCUUCCUAUUCCAUGAACAUAGUCAUACCCACAAUCACAAUAUUCCCUCCAAGCCGUCCAGCGUUCACCGGAUGCCGGCGGAUGAAACUUCACAUACUCGGGAAAUCCCGAUUAGAAAACGGUCGGAUUCGUACUCAUCUAUGUAUGGCCAUCCGGCCGCCACCCGCGCAUCGCUUGUGCAAACCGCACAGGAUAUGGCGUCUUCCACUGGAGUGACAUCAUCUGGCCGCCCUUUCAGCCCAGAUUUAUCGGAGGAAACGCCCUUGCUGGACGAAAUACAUGAAACGGAAUAUCGCAACACACCAACGCCUAGCGGGCUUUCAAGUAGUCAUACGCACGCAGGCUCAAUGAACAUGCAUGCCCUCAUACUCCAUGUGUUGGGUGACGCCUUGGGCAAUGUUGGCGUCAUUGCUACGGGCCUUGUUAUAUGGCUCACCGAGUGGUCAUACAAGUAUUACUUUGAUCCUACGAUCAGUUUGGUGAUCACAGUCAUUAUAUUCUCUUCUGCGCUACCCCUCGUUCGCAGUGCCUCGUUUAUCUUAUUGCAGGGUGUUCCACCAACCAUAUCCCUUGACGCUGUGCGGCAAUCAAUUUUGAAUGUAGAAGGGGUGUUGUCUGUGCACGAGCUCCAUGUCUGGCAGCUUUCGGAAUCCAAGAUAAUUGCCUCAGUCCACGUCAUGGCAUCACAUAAUCAUGACUUCAUGCCGGUGGCAGCGGAAAUCCGAAAGGCUCUGCACCACCAUGGCAUCCACUCUAGCACGAUUCAACCCGAAUAUCACCCCCGUACCACACAUAUGGUCCCUGAGGAUCACUUGAAGAUGUCUGCCAAUUCCUCAUGCUUGAUACUCUGUCCUGCUGAUCAAAACUGCAAUCCUACUGAAAACGCAUGUUGUCCACCUCCAGCCCCCGGGGCAUAG